GCAUGCGAGUUUCUUAAUUCAGACUUAACUACUGUAUGGCUUAAGCCUGCAGUGGUUUUGGUGGUCAUUUAUUGCAAAUAUCCACCCAAGCUGCUUUGACAGAGCAAGUUAAGAAGCUUUAAAACCUGGUGUCAGAGCACCCACUCGGUGCUGCUGGCCAUGCACAUGUCCUUGCCUUGCUGCUGUAUGCAUAUGGUGAGAGCAUCGCCUUUGCUGCGAGGAGUGCAGAGAGGCAGAGUGAUGCCAAGGGCCAUCGCAAAGGCUGCGGAAAAGCCAUGGUCACUGGAUAACCCUGCUGCCAUGGGGGCUUUGGGACUGCAGGAGCUUUUGGGUUGCUGCUGACCGGGACUUCUGACAGGGACUGUUGGGGACUGCAAGUCCCAGGAAGACAAACUCCAGUGACGCUUCACUUUGUGCCCCCAGGAGCUGCCCAAGAUGCAAACAGCCCUUGUGUUCCUGUGUCUGCUCAGCAUAGUCUUCUCGACACCUGUGCCACCGCCAUUGCCUGGGAGAGCUGCUGGGAAUUGCCUCGGACAGCACCGGAUACUGCUGAAAGGCUGCAAUGCCAAACAUGGCUUCUACAUUUUCAAAUACGUCUACUCGUUUUCGACGCGGAGGAACCAGACACAGAUAAAGAAGGAAGAGGCUGACAGCCAGAGCACUGUCCCCAGUCAGCGUCUGGGCGAGGACAAUGCCAGGCAGGGGCCGACAGAGGACGGGACAGCCCUGGAGCGAGGUGACAGUGGCAGCACCAAUGUGAUGGAGAAUGGGACCAUCCUCAAGCCCCAAAACCACAGUGCCCCAGGCAUUGGCAGGGAUGCUCACAGUCCUCGCCCAGGCAUCGGCAUGCGAGCACGUGGUGGUGUCAGCGUCAUGGGUCCCACCCCGGCCAGCUCAGAGGGCAGUGGUGACCUGGAUUUGGUGGUUGAAGUUGACAGUGGUGUUUCCAUUCUCCCCCACGGAGGACGCCCCAGCGAGGCUGUGGCGGGGAACAGGUCUGGUGUCAGGAGUGAGGACAGGGAUGAUGGUGUCCCUGGCGGGGUUCCAGAGGAGGGGGCCAUGACAACUGGGAGGGAGAAGACCCCCGCCACUGGAGGGGCUGGGGAUGAGGGCAGUGGUGAAGCCACCAUCCCUGGCCAAGGGCAGGAGGGCAUCAGGCGGGGCACAGGGACAGGAGGCGCUGCUCUCACCUCCAUCACUGAGAAGAUGGAGGAUGUCCAAGUUGACACCAAAGGUGUGGAUGAAUAUGCUUACAUCCCUGACUCAGGCAGUGUCACUGUCACCCGUGGGAAGAUGGGAAGCUCAAUGAGGGCCAACAGCUUCACCCAAAUUUCUCCAGACAAAGAUGACGAGGUCAACAUCUUCAUUGGGAGGGCCAACAUUCACGUCAGGGAGCAAGAAACCACUGAGGCUGGUGCCACUGUUGGCAGCAAGGAUGAUGGCACCACCACUGUGGGAACCAGCAGCUCCCUGCCUGGGCUGGGUGUCACUGUGGCACAUGAUGGUGAUGAUGGUGAUGGCAUCCCUGCUCGUAGGCAGCCUGAAGGACCAGCCACCACAGCCACGCCAAGCCAUGGGGACAGUGUCACCAGCAGCCCUGGGGAUGGCCAUCCUACAGGAGAUCAUGAGGAUGGUGCCACCACUAUUGGUGAUGGAGAUGGACCAGUAGCCACCGGACCCUGGAGGGUCCCUGGGGGUGAUGUUACCAUCCCCAUGGGGACUGGCAUCCGUGGGAAUGGUGAUGAUGAGGCAAGAGGUGAGGGGCAGAGGUUUGAGGGGAGGCUGGGCCACCUGGCUGUUACCACCUUCCGCCAGGCGGGUGAUGAGGAGGCUGCUGCCACUCUCCCAGCUGAGGAGGCCAGCAUCCUCCUGGGUGCCACCAUGGCCUCCCCCGGGGUGAGUGAGGGGGACUGCACCACCACCCUGGGGAUGGCCAGCAACCACAAGGCAGGCAAGAGCACCAUGCUGGGGAGAGUGGGGAGCAGGGAAGUGGGGCCAGCCACUGCCCAGCCCCACAGGGAGGGACAGCCCAGGGCAGCUAUGAGGGUCCAGCCAGGGGGAGUGGGGCUGGACAAGCCCCCCAGGAUGGACAAAGCGCCAUCCCCACGUGGGAAAGCCAGCAGUACGGCAUUGAGCAGGGGCCAGGUGAGGGCUGGUGUCCACAGCAGCAAUGUCAGGGCCAGGCCACGCACCACUGAAGCAGAAGGCAGCCUCCUCCCACAGGCAGGGCAAGCCAGGGGCACAGUGGUGGCAGGAAAAGGCCAGGAGGUGGGGCGAGGUGGUGAGGUUGGGGUGGCAGUGGCAGGGUCCAGGGUCGGCCGCCUCCCCGGGCGCCAUAGCAGGAGGCCAGGGCCUGGGGUGCUGGGGGCGUUUGCAACGCUCGGCCACAGCAGGCAGGUGGACCAGAUGAAGCACGCUGAUGAGCUCCACGUCCGCGAGCGGGCCUUUUACACCCUCAGCGGGGCAGGAGGUAGCCCCAGUGGCCCCUACGCCAGCCUUGGGAGUGCCGACAGCAGCCAUUCAUCUGAGGGGGAGCAGGGCAGCCACAGCGACAGCCGACAGAUGGGACUGCGGCCCUCAGGGUGGGGAGCCCCAGGGCACCCCCAUGGCCGCUGGAGCCAGGGGACCCUCUGAGGGGCUGCUGGUGUCCACCUCAGUGGGCUCCAGUGGUGGAGAUGGGGGGUCCCACAUGUCACCCCCCUCCAGUGUCCCCACUGCGUGUGCCGCUCUUGCCUGGGUGAGGAGUACCCUGCACAUCUCGGGGGGUCGCAUGGUGCUUCACAGCCCAGGAGCCAAAAAUCACUGGUUCACGCAAUCCUGCUGUUAAUUUGAAGGGGGCUUUGUCCAGCGCUGAGACAGCAAUGCAUGGGUUUGCUGUGCUAGACAGCCAUUAACAGAAAUCAUGCUACACGGCAUAGCGUAGCAUUGUUCAUGCACUGAUGCAAAGCAAGUAAAUAAAUGAUGAGGAAAAAGCGUCUGUCCUCACAGUUUCACUUCCAGCCGAAUGGAGAAAU